GUAACUUCAAGAAAACUCAAUCAAAAGUUGUAAGAAAAGAAAAUAAAUAUACAAAUCACAAAGCUGUUUGUCUCAAGUCAAUAUUUAAGAUAGAAGAUUGAAGCUCCCCGAUGUUGCGAAAUACCGGUUUCAUCUUUAAGACAUGCGCCAGCUUUAGCAGAAAACUCUCCACUACACAAGCGAAUAAAAAUCGCGUUUGUGUUAUCGGCGCCAGUGGUGCUAUUGGUCAGGCGCUUUCACUGCUGCUAAAACGGGAUACUCGCGUUACAGCGCUCUCACUCUACGAUAUCAAGAAAGCGGUCGGUAUAGCGCUGGAUAUGUCCGAUAUCGAUACGAAUUCACUUAUAGGUGGACAUGAAGAAUUGGAGAUGUUACCGAAGGCUUUGUAUUGCGCCGACGUUGUUGUAAUAGUCGCAGGCCAACCACGUAAAAAAGGUAUGACAGAUGACGAACUCUUGAAGAAAAAUGCCGAUGUCAUUAUUCAAACUAUGCCGCACAUUGCCGAAACUUGCCCAAAGGCAUUAAUUGCCAUUGUCACGAGUCCUGUUGACUCGCUUGUGCCACUAGCAGCAGAAGUACUCAAAACGAAAAAUGCUUACGAUCCCAACCGCCUAUUUGGCGUCACAACUCACAAUGCUGUGCGCGCACGUACCUACAUAUCCGACGUGUUGCAAGUGGAUGCAUCAUCGGUGAAAGUACCGGUUAUUGGUGGCAAUUCCAAAUGCACAAUACUACCAAUACUCACACAUACCAAACCGAUAUUGAAAAUCGAAGACGAAGACGAUGCAUUGCCAAUUAUUAAAAAAGUACGAGAUGCCGAGGAGACCGUCGCCAAAACGAAGGGUGCACCACCAACGCUGGUGAUGGCGCAUUCUGUUGCAAAAUUCACGCAUUCGCUGAUAUUGGGCCUGGCCGGAUUGGGUGAUCCGGUUGAGUGCGCUUAUGUUGAGUCGACUGUCACGGAUUGUGCAUUCUUUGCAACUCCAUUGAAAUUGGGCAAGAAUGGUAUUGAGAAGAAUUUGGGUAUACCAUCGCCUUUAGCGAAAUUUGAAGCUGAAAUGCUGCAGGAGCUGAUGCCUGAGCUGAAGGAGAGCAUUAAGAAGGGUUUGGAAUAUGCCAAGAAGGUGGAUAAGGGAGAAAAUAAGAGGGAGAAGAGUGAGAAGAGCGAGAAGAGUGAGAAGAAGUAAACAUAUUUGGGCGAAGAAGUCUUUUAAAUAAUUAUAACUUUCUAUUUUAUUAGAAACUUUCUUGCGGUUACAUUUUGUUUUCACAAGAAUUUAAAUAUAACUCAUAUUACUUAAUUUCUUACUUCGGCUGAAGCCUCUUCUCUAUAUUGUAGUGUUCGCCUACAUGCUUUGCAGAAAAAUAAAGGAACCCACAGUUUAAUCUUAACCGUCCCCGAA